ACCGAAGCAGCUGUAGACCGAAUUGGCUGCGACUUGAGGGAAGCGAGGCAUGGCUGAGGUACAAGACGACGAUCAGUGGCUGUAUGGCGACGACAAGGACGAGGGCAAGGAAGAGGAAGGCGAGCUGAGUGAAAAGGCUGAUGAGAGGGAGAAAACAGCCGAGGAAAAUGGCAAAGAAGAUUCAACUACAGAAGGUGGAGAAGGACAGGAUGCAGACAAGGACAAAGAUGAAGACAUGGAAAAAGACAAAGAUCAAGAUGGAGAAGAUAGAGAAGACAGAGACAAGGAUGGAACAAAUGAUGAUGCUGAGAAAGGUGAUGAAGAUGACAGCAGCGAUGAGGAUGAUGUGACCAUCACUAUUGGGGCCUUGAAGACUCAGCCAGACAUCAUUCAGGCCCCCACAGCUUCACAUCCUGUACGCUUCCAGCACAAGGCAGCACCAAGUGCUGGCCUGAAGGAUGAAGACUUCACUUCACCAGGGAAAGUGAAUGGUGUGCCUAUCACAGAAUUCAGUAUGGCAGAGUUGGAGGAGAAGCCAUGGAGAAAACCGGGUGCAGACAUCUCCGACUACUUCAACUACGGGUUCAAUGAAGAGACCUGGUUCAGAUACUGCGAACGUCAAAAGCGGAUGAGAAUCAACGAAUCUGGAGCAGGCCUGGCUGGGCUUGGCAUCAGUAUAACAAAGCCAUUUGGCAACACUCCAAACACCAUCCCAGUAACUAUUGUGAAUGACAAUAGCAAGUAUGGGGGGUCCGGAUCUCAGCGUCCCAAGGCAGGACCUCCACCACGCAACAAAGGCAUGGGACAGAUUGAUGUCAUAGGAGGAGCUUCCAAUCCUAACAAAACCAGCACUAUUCAGGUCAUGACAGCUGAUAGGCGAGAAUAUUCCAACAAGGUGAUGAGUGGCCCUCCCCCACCCCCAUCCCAGCCUUCUUACAAUGACAUGGAAUUUGGCGGCAAUCCAUAUGGAGAUGCUUACUAUCCUGGUGACAGUUCAUUUUAUGGUGGUGGUGGCGGCUUUGACAACCCCCAACCCUGGGGUGCAGGCCAGGCACCUCCUCCAAUGGGUCAGAACAGCUGGGAUGGGCCUGGAUCAGUUCCUCCCCCAACUGUAACUCCAGUGUCUAGUGCCCCAGGGUAUUUUGAAGAGGAGUCCAUGAGUGCUCCACCUCCACCACCUGAGCCAGAGGAGGAAAGGCACAGAUCUCGGCGAAGUCACCGGUCCCGCAGCCGCUCACCCAGCCGUCACAGGCACUCAGGAAGACACCGCUCCCGCUCACGUUCACCAUCCCACCGACACAAACGCAAGAAGUCCAAGAGAGAACGGGAUACAGACUGAUGAUAUGUUCAAAAGUACAAGCAUGUUUGGUGUAAGCCACAGUCAUUUAAGGGUUUGUUGCUUUGGGAUGUGAGAACUAUUUUUUAAGUUUUAAAGUGCAGCACAAGAACAUGUCUGUGGUGCACGAAUUGAAUUAUCAUUAUUUGUGUAGUUUAACACAAAAUAUCUAACAUCAGUUGAAGUAAAAUUAAUUAUUAU